AUGGCUUACCCCCAGGCCACGCCGAUGCGCCCUGUCCCCGGCGCCUUCAUGCACACACCGGCUGUUGCCUCGAGGUUCGGUGCGAACCAAGAUCCCUUGCGCCGCCGCUUGUUUGACGAUGCCUCGAACCAUCCCACUGCCGGUCCGGUGACUGGCUUUGGUGACUCGGGAUUCGAUGCGCCUACGGCACCUCAGCAGGCACUGCAGCCAUUGGGCCAGCCCGUGGCAGGAGCAGGCCAAGCUCUGGCGACAGUGGCUGCCGUGCCCCCUCAGCCGCCCUUGACCAAGGCUGCUAGCUAUGUGAAUGGCUCGCUCGCUGCAGACAGGCAGUACCCAGAGUUGGAACAAUAUUGUAAACAGAUGUCCUCCGACUACAACCGAACAACUGAUCCUGCUUUCGCCCCCUACAAGGUUACGCAAGUGUACACGCUUCCCGAUAGAGUGUUUGAGCAAUAUGAGAGAGCAGAAGUCUCGACGAGCAUGGGCUUGUUUGCUGAACUCAACCAUGCCUGGGUCACUGUCGACAAUUGUUUAUACCUUUGGGACUACACCCACCCGAACCCCGAGCUUAUUGGAUAUGAGGACAACGAGCACAGCAUUACGGGAGUCAAGCUCGUAGCUCCAAAGCCUGGCGUUUUCGUUAAAGAAAUCAAUUAUAUGCUGGUGAUUUCAACCUCGGCAGACAUGUUCUUGCUCGGUGUCGCUGCCCAGUCUGCUGCCAAUGGCGCAACAACGGUCACCCUGUAUCAGACCAGAAUGCAAUUCACUCUCAGAGGCACCGAGUGUCACGUCAUUGCCGGUGCGGCAAAUGGAAGAAUCUUCUUCGCCGGCUCCACCGAUAGUGAUAUCUAUGAGCUAUACUAUCAGCAGGAGGAGAAAUGGUUUUCCAAUCGCACCGGCAAGAUCAACCACUCAGCCACUGGCUGGUCUUCAGUCGUACCACUUGCAAAAGGACCACAAGCCCUUCUCUGGGGCAGCAAAACCACAGAGUUCAUUGUCGACAUCGUCAUUGACAAUACGAGGAACCUGCUAUAUACUCUUUCGAACAUAUCCACUAUCCGGACCUACCACAUGGAAGGACCUGACAAGCUUACCAAGGUGAUCGAAAAGACCAAGCACGACUGUCUGCGCGAUAUUAUGCAUUCUCUCAGCGGAAGUACACCCUUGUUGAACGACCAAACCAACAUUGUCUCGAUAUGUCCUGUUACGGCGAAUGAGGAUGCAAAGGUGCAUCUGAUAGCCGUCACCAACACUGGCUGCCGCCUUUUCAUGAGUGCUGCUGGUGCAUCGUACUAUGUGACUUCUCCAAACCAAGUGCCCCAAAGCAUGCAGCUGCAUUCCAUCAAAUUUCCGCCGUCAAACUCGUCACGAUUGCAACGCCAGGGCCGGGAUGCGUUUGGUGUUCCAGGAGACUUUGACACACAAUCAAAUUCCUUGACCAUAACGAAUUCAGGCGCACGCUUCGCUCCAGGGUACUUUCUUGCCUCUAUCAAUAAAGACGGCGGACCUAGGGAAGUGCUCUUUGCAUCAGCGCCCGAUACCGGCCGUAUCAAGAACAGCGUGCACCAAGGUCUUCGCUUCUACGAGCAUAGUCAGUGGCUCGACAUUGGUGGCAAGCCCGAAGCUAUUGGCAUAAUCUCAAAACCAUUUGCUGCUACUUCUUCGCCGCUGGGAUUUGGAAACGAGUUAGCUGUUCAGUUUGAUGAGCCGAGCUGCGAGAUCGCCGUGCUUACCAAUACCGGCGUCCAUAUCAUUCGACGAAGAAGAUUGGUAGACAUGUUCGCUGCUGCCAUAAGGAAUGCCGCCGGAGAAGACGGGCUGAACGAUGUUUACAACACCUUUGUGAACUCGUAUGGACGUGUUGAGACGGUAACUGCUGCACUUGCUGUCGCUUGCGGCCAAGGAGGUGACCAACAGACUGGCGGAGGCCGCGGCGCCGUGGACCAGACAACCGAGGAUCGCGCACGCUCGGUAUUUGUCAACAAUGGAGGCAACCCUACAUUACCCGAGCAAGAUGGCCAACAACCGACCGUGGAGAGCGUCAAGCCAUCGUCGCGUCAUGGUGCCUUGUCUCUGUAUCUCGGUCGACUUGUCAGAUCUGUAUGGAACGCUCGCGUCAUUGCUAUUGGCACUGAUGCUGUGAAUGGCCUGGUGGUUGACUCGACAAUUGCCCUGGGUAGACUUCGCACGAUCCAAGAGCAACUGGAGCGGCUAAAGGCAUUCCUCGAAGCAAACAAGAGCUUCAUCCAUGGCCUAUCCGGACCUGCCGAUAUCCACAGAGCAGGCAACAAGCAGGAACAAAUUGCCUUCCAGGGCGAACACCAAGCAAUGCAUGCACUGCUUGUAUUAAUGAGCGGUAUCUCCGAGGGUAUCUCGUUCGUGCAGAUGCUUUUUGAUGAGCGUGUAGCCGACAUUUAUACCCGACUUGACGACACGUCCAAGCAGCAGCUUAGGGACUUGACAUAUGAGCGCCUGUUUGCACAAGAAUCUGGCAAGGAACUCGCAAAGCUCCUCGUAAAAGCCAUUGUUAAUCGCAAUAUCGAAAGCGGUUCCAAUGUCGAAACCGUUGCAGAUGCUCUCCGAAGACGAUGUGGCAGCUUCUGUAGCCCAGAUGACGUGGUGAUUUUCAGGGCGCAAGAGCAGGUCAAGCGAGCAUCCGACCCAACGCAAAACCCCAAUACUGCUCGUGCACUGCUCGGUGAAAGUCUCAAGCUUUUCCAACGGGUGGCCGGUAGUCUUACUCAGACCAACCUGGAGUCGGCUGUCGAACAGUAUCUAGGAAUGAGAUAUUACGCUGGCGCCAUUCAGCUGUGUUUAACAGUCGCUCAAGAAAAGGACCGAGGUAAUGCAGCUCAAGCCUGGUUCAAGGAGGGAAAGCCUGCCAACGACCCGAGAACGGCCCAGUUCGAAGAGCGGAAGCGUUGCUAUAACCUCAUCCACCAGAUCCUGCAGAGUCUAGAUGCUGCCUCGAGUAAAGAACCUGAGAUGAUUGAUGGCAGACUUACUUCGAUUGCUAUCAAACGAAACGAAGCAUAUGAGGUCGUCAACUCGUCCAACGAUGAAGUCUUUCACAACGACCUUUACGAAUGGUACGUUCAGCAGGGAUGGACAGAUCGUCUCCUUAGAAUCGAGUCCUCACACGUCAUUGAGUUCCUCGAGACUCUGGCAGCUUCAGAUCUGGUUCACGCUGAUCUGCUAUGCCGCUACUAUACAAUGCGUAACCUGUACUACCAAGCCGCCAAGGUGCAAGCGGAUUUGGCAAAGUCUGAAUUCGACAUCUCCAUCAAAGAGAGACUGCAGCUCCUUUCACGUGCAAAGACCAAUGUCAGUGUAAUGACGAACGGCGUUGGUCGACAAGAACUUCAACUCCUGAACCACGAGGUGACCGAGUUGUUGGAGGUUGCUCACAUUCAGGAUGAUUUACUGGAACGCCUCAGAGCUGACGCGCGGAUCCCCGAGGAGCGACGCCCCGAGAUCGAGCGAACCUUGGAUGGUCAAAUUCAAGGUCUUACAGAGCUCUUCAACAACUUUGCCGAUCAAGCUGGGUAUUACGACUUGUGCCUGCUCAUCUACCACGCAGCUGAUUUCCGCAACCCAACAACUAUUGCCCAAACUUGGAUCAACCUCAUCAACCAGGUUCACGAAGAAAACGAGCAGGAUUGGGAACAAUACGAGAGCAGCCCCAACAGAAACAACGAAGAAGCACCGCCUCAAUCAUACGAGAAGCUCAUUGGUGUAAUACAAGAGGUAUGCCAUCGGGCUUCCAACGAUAGUUUCAUCUUCCCCGUGACAACGUUGCUUCCGGAGAUAUGCCGAUAUGCUAUCGAGCAUGCCCAAGAUAACAGGAUUGGUGCCGAUCAGAACUGGCCGGUGAUUCUGUUUCUCCAGCUUGGCGUCAGCCAUGACUUGCUCGUCCGGAUCCUGGAAACCAUGUUUGAAGGCCAAGAUGUGCCUUUCCGUGGCGCAGGACGCCUCAGGGUUGUAGAGUGGAUAGCAUAUGCUGUCCAUGACUGGGCUAGGCAGCUGGCGCGGGCGGGCCGAUCUGACCGUGCCCUGGAACCUUGGGUGAGCGAGUUGAUUGCCGAGUGUGAGGCUUUUGCCCAGAACCCACCGCGUAGCCAAAACGAAGGUGGACUGCCACCUCAGGAGCUGCUGAGGGAAGUCAGAGAAGUAAAGAAGACGGUCGAUGGCCUUGGUGGCCUUGGCAUCGGAAGCUUCAGGGGUAGCAUGGGUUUCCUCUGA